AUGGCUUGGACAGCAUGUCUCGUCUUGAUCACCGUGCUGCCCAUCGGGUUCCUGACAGCAGUGGUUUGUGAAGCCAACGCACAAAAGGAACAAGUCCGCACAUCCCGAGUAGCGAGGCCAGCUAGAAUUAGCACGCACUGCUGGUUCCUUCUGGUGGAGUGGCCCGUGAAGCUGUUGGUUGUGGCCCUUGCCAUUCAAAGCGCAGCCUUUGGCAACAUCAGGUUGCGCCUCGUUGCGUUGACGCUGGGCGCGUUCCUGCUGGUGGUCCUCAGCCAGGUGUUAUGCGUCACCUCCCACAUCGGCCUCAGCCAGCUUCGCCGAGUGGCACUGCUGUCAGCCCUCAUCAACAGUGCUUUCUCCUGGCUGACGUACGAGAUCUCAGACGAGCGAAAUCUGACCAGUACCGGCCUGUUCCUGGCAGGGCACAUUGCUCUGGGUAUCUACAACUCACAUCGCUCGGAGAGGGUGCUGUCCCGCCCUUCCUCGUCUCGGACCGUCCGACGCAUCAACAGGCUUCUAUUGCUGGUGCACGCGGUGGGGGCGGCCACUGUCCUGGGAUUCCUUCCAGAUCUCCUGACCAUCAACACAGGAGCGCAUACGGAGAGAGGAAUCUCCAUGUCCGGCUUGAACAUGUCCAUCAGCACGGGCUCUUGCGCCAUAUUCUUGAAGAGCGUUGACUGCAACUAUGGUAGCCAUGGCCGACAGUUUGCUGGCGAACCGGCCUGGUUCUCAGGCACUGCCGCACAAGGACAGGUGAAGCUUUGGACGCACGGGGCAGCUGACGUGAGACCCGGCCGCGUAUCAACAUCCGCUACGCUCAUGGAAGCUUGCGAGCUCUGGCUGCUCAUGCUACCAAACAGCACGGUUGACAUUGAAUGCAAUGGUUCAUGUGCAUUACACGCACAAGGCAGUUUCGCAAGAUUGGAUGUGAUCGCCGGUGGUCACAUGGAUGCAGUGAUCAACGUGAGCAUUACAGACAACUUCAACUUCUCAACUUCGAUGGGUGACCUCUGGUUGAACCUUUGUCUGGGCAGCUCGGAAUUGACUGAGCUUCCUUCCGUUAGCAUCAAGCUGCUUGAUGGGGAUGCUGAUGUUUCCCUGGACGCUCCGCACAGUCUGCAGGUGCAGGCGAAUGCGCUGUCCCACUGCGGAAUGCAAGCCUCCGACUUAAACAGCACGGAAGGCCUGAUGCAGCUGUACAUCAGAGGCAAGUUGAGCCUUCGGAAUGCAUCUGCACUUAGCCCUUCAGAGAAUGGGCCCAUCUUGCUGCACAACGAGACCGUGACAGCUCUGGAGACAGCCGCCGAGGAGUACAGUUUUGUUGUUGUGCUGGGCAGCAUGCAGCGGAUGCACUUCAUCAAGCCGGCGCUGGCCGAGCGCUUCGUCCUGGUGCCUUCGAGCAGGUUCUUAGGUAUUCCCCCAUGGCUGAUGUCUAUGGCUUCUCUUGGCUUGUUUCCCGGUCCACCGGCGCAGAUCUCCAUACAAACAUAUAGCUGCGAAGGUGGAGCUGGAGGUGCGGCGAGAACGGCCGAGGCUGUCACGAACAUCAUUGCAUCUAGACCGGUGUUGCGGCUUUCUGAGUUGGGCGUAGCAAGCCUGACAGAUGUCAGCUGGGAUCGUUAUGACGGUAAGGGGUUUACGCAACAGCACUUAGAUGCCACCGCCCUUACUCUUGUAUCGUGCUUGACAGCAUGCCUGGGCAUCCUGUCUGCCGCCGCAACUUCUUGGGUGCUGAUCCGUUUGCAGCGGAAGAUGCGGCCAUCAGUGAUGUGCAGCUUGCAGAAUCUAGCUCGGAGAAGGAUGGCGGCAAUCCCGAAAUCGAUCUCCAUGCAAGUGCUUGUUGCAACACUGCACACCGUGCGCGAUUCUUCGAUUACAAGACUGCUUGCAUUGAAGACUCACGAGCCGCACUUUCUGGUUGUGGAGCUCGGCAGGGCUCUCAGACGAGAGAAAAAGUUCGGCGUGCAAGCCUCGGAGGUGCAAAUGACGACGGAAAUGGACGCCUGGCAUGUGCCAAGAGCACUAGUGGCUCAGGCAUUGGGCAGGUUGGGUGCAACAACGGCGGCUGCAGUGGCAGACCUGCAGAUGGCGCUUACAGACGCGGACUGGCAUGUGCGACUCACAGCGGCGCAGGCAUUGGGUGGAUUGGGUGCAGCAGCAGCUCCCGCAGUGGGAGACUUGGCGCACACGUCGUUGAGAGACGAGAACUGGCACGUGAGAAAAGCAGCGGCUGAGGCAUUGGGCAGGUUGGGAGUAGCAGCAGCGCCCGCAGUGGGAGAGUUGCAGAUGGCGCUGAGAGACGAGGAUUGGCACGUGCGAAGAGCAGCGGGUGAGGCGUUGGCCGGGUUGGGUGCAGCAGCAGCACCUGCCGUGGGAGACUUGCAGACGGCGCUGAGAGACGAGGACGGGCACGUGCGAAGAGCAGCGGCUGAGGCAUUGGGCAGGUUGGGUGCCACCGCACCCGCAGUGGGAGAGUUGAAGAUGGCGCUGAAGGACGACGACGUCGACGUGCGAAGAGCAGCAGCCAAGGCACUGGACGGCUUGGGCUUAAAAGCAGCGCCUGCAGUGGGAAAUUUGCUGAUGGCACUGAGAGACGAGGAUGGGGACGUGCGAAGAGCAGCGGCUGAGGCAUUAGGUGGGGUGGGUACGGCAGCAGUGCCCGCAAUGGGAGACUUGGUGCUGAUGGCGCUGAACGACAAGGAUAGGGAAGUGCAAAGAGCAGCGGCUGAGGCGUUGGGCGGGUUGGGUACAGCAGCAGCGCCCUCAGUGGGAGAUUUGCAAAUGGCACUGAGAGACGAGGACUGGCACAUGCGAAGAGCAGCGGCUGAGGCGCUUGGCGGGGUGGGUGCUGCAGCAGCACCUUCAAUGGGAGACUUGGUGCUCACGGCGCUCAACGACAAGAAUAUGGACGUGCAACGAGCAGCGGCUAAGGCACUGGCCGGGUUGGGUGAAGCCGCAGCAAUCGCAGUGCGAGACCUGCAGAUGGCGCUGGGAGACGAGGAUAGGGACGUGCGAAGAGCAGCGGCUGAGGCACUGGCCGGGUUGGGUGCAGCCGCAGUGCCCGCAGUACGAGACCUGCAGACGGCGCUUAGAGACGAGGACAAGCACGUGCGAAGAGCAGCGGCUGAGGCAUUGGGCGGCUUGGGUGCGGCAGCAGCGCCUGCUGUGGGAGACUUGCAAAAAGUGCUGAGAGACGAGGCUGAGGACUGUCACGUGCGAACCGCAGCGGCUGAGGCAAUCGGCGGGUUGGGUGCAGCAGCUGCGCCCGCAAUGGGAGACCUUGCCAUGGCGCUGAGAGACCAGGACUGUCAUGUGCGAAGAGCAGCGGCUGAGGCCUUGGGUGGGUUGGGUGCAGCAGCAGUGCCCGAAGCGGGAGACCUGCAGGCGGCGCUGACCCGCGUCUGGGGAAACGUCCAUGACUGCAUAGCCACUGGAGACACGUAUCCUGUUGCAGCGCUCGGCCGCGCUGCGAUUCUGAGGGCCAGCGAGGUUUCUUUGGAGCACCAGCCAACUUUACCAGACUUUGUGAUUAGCUUACAGGAGCUCUUGGCGCUGGGCACAGGUGGGCCAAUGGUUGCGGAAAUGGUGUGGGAGUGGCGAUUGUUGUUUAUCAAGCACUCUCCGUGGACCCUGGUCUCCGCUGCAGUCGCAUAUGUCGUCGCCUCCACGGGGACUUCUUUGGCAGAGCUGCUGGCCCAGCCGCACUGCAUCGUCCGAUCGGACAACGACAGCCACCAGGGCUGCAAACUCUGGACGUGGAAGCUGCCAUGGCGCCUUGGGGAGCAUCACAGCUGGGAGUCCUGGCGAGAUUGGCGGAAGUGGUGGCUGGCAGCGCACCUGGUCAAGUGCUUCGGUUUGCGCUCCGUGGAGGAUCUGCGCCAGUGGCUGGCGGCCUUCCGAAAGCAAGAGACCUACGUUCAGGUGCUACAAGCAGAGGACGUCGAGCGCCUCCGAGUCGCUGCCCAGCUGUACCACUACGCCACGCGCCUGGAGACCGUGCAGAAGCCGGAUCUCUUCGACCCGGCCGUGCUGGCUGUCUUCCGAUGCCGGGGCAUCACCGUCUUGCCAGCGAAGUCAAGCGACGGACAGCCAUCUCAAGGUCUGCAGUUCGUGUCCUCAGACUUGCUCCGUCCAACUUUGGUGAAUGUGGAUGCCAUGGAAGAGGCGGCUGUCCGCGCGCUUGACGUAACGUCCUACGGGACAUCUCCGCCGGUUCCCGUUCUUCGGCCGGGCUGGCUGCUCAUCGAUGCAGUCGCCGUGUCGCUGCACCUCGUCCUGCUUGUGCUGAUGGCCUUCUACCCCUUGGCGCUGCUCUGCAUCUCCGAGGUCUCUGCUGUGCCGUUCCUGGGCCGCUCCCCCGUGGACGGCCUCACCCUGACCCACUUCGGCCCGCGCUUCCCGCAGCUGUCCAGCGUGCUGCUGAGCACCAGCCCGGUGCUCACCGUGAGUUGCUCAGCUUGGGCCGUGCUCCUCUUCGGCUCCAUUGUGCACACUUACUGGAGCGAGAAGCUGCCGUUUACAGUCGUCUCUGUUUGUGCAGACUUGGUACAGGCCGGCAAGGCAGGCAGCGCGGAGAAACGCAGAGCUCGAAGGGGCUGCGUGCGCGAAGCCCUCGAAGGCCUCAACCUUCUCAUGAAGGCUACGGCCUGGUUGGGAUUCCUGCAGCUCUACGUUGCCCUGUGGGUUUGCUUGGUCACGGCAGCGUGCUGGCUGAUGUUUGGAAUGGUGGUGAAGCCGAAGCGUUUCGUGCCGAUGGCGUCUGCUUUCUUCAGCUUCAUGAUCGGCAUUGGGGCCCGCGUCAUGUCCUUUCGGCGGUGGAGACAGGCUUUCACGGAAGAGGUGGAGAAGUUGGCUGCGGCGUGCUUGAAGCCGGUGUGGGCUUGCUUGGCGAAGCGAGUUUGCCUAGGCAGAUCAAGUUCCCCCGUCUCCGGCAGCUUCGAGCGCAUCCUGCAGGGUACCUGCAGCGACGCGGACAUCUUCCAGGUGCUCGCCGCGGGCGGAGAAUGCGUUUCGCUGCAGAUGGUUUUCAGGUUCUUUGAUCCUCUCGUGAACCGCGAGACGAUGCGCCUAAUGGUGGAACACCUGCCAGACGCUGUGACGGAACAGCUCAGCCUGCCGAGUUUUCUAAAGCUGCUGGAGCUUGUGCGCGAGCACCUGCUUCUGUCCAUUCUACGAGCAUUUGGUUUGAACCAAGAGAACUUGAUCAGGCGCUUCAAGGUCUUUGUGCUACCCAUGUUCGUCAUUGUUUUCGCGAUCCUCCUGCUCCUAGCGGACCUUUAUCCCGUCCAGGGCUUGGCGGACACCGUCGUCAGCGGCGUCAUCCCGGUGAUCCUAGCACUUCUGCUGCAGAAGCCAGGACAGCCCCAGAUACCCGCUGACCUCAAGGCAGAGAUCCAGGAGUGUCUUGAUGGAUUCGCCAGUGGCUCCCAGGCAACCCUGCAGUGGAUGCGUGGCGUCAAAGACCAGUGGAUAGAGGGGAUGGAAGGCAGUCUCGAUGCCAAGUUGAUCCAGGCCUUGAAGGAGAUAGAUGCCUUCACCAUCGUGAGGGUCAUUACCGACCCACGAUUUCGUGAGUUGCUUCUUGCCAUAGAAGCUGCAUUUUGCCGCGCAUCCCGCGAAGAGCGCUUGGAAGUGUCGCGCAUCAGCAGCUUCUUGAUGAUGCUUGAGCAAAGCGAUGAGCUGCUUACAGAUCUGGCGCCCAAUCUCCACGUGGCGUUGCAACAGCAAGUUCGACAUGCCGCUAAACAGCUGGCCCGCGCUACCUGCGAGCCGUUCAUGGACGCUGGAGUGUGGGAGGCAGUGGAACCUUCCCUCGACAACGCGGAGCUGGACUUUCAGAAGAUGCUCAGAAUCGCACAGGCACUCCGCCAGCCAGCUUUCUGGGAGGUGUUGGAGCGCUGGAAACUGAAGCAAGGCUUGAAGGACUUCGAGCGCGUUCAGGCGAUCGUUGAGGUUCUGCUAGCCGUCCACGAGCAAGUGGCAGAUCUGGUGCCGGACCUCGCCUUGAGCUUGCGGCGGAGGGUGCAAAGCAGCAUUCGGGAGCUGGCUUGCUCCGCCUGCCAGCCCUUGGGUGCAGACGUUUGCGCGGAAGUUCGGUCACUGCUUGACACAGAUCUCGACCCGCGGAAGCUGUGCAGAGCUUUCCAAGCGCUGACCCAACUCCGACAGCUCCUGCAGGAGGUCGAGAAAAAACAGUCGAGCCUGCAAGGAUGCAGAGAGCUUGUGAAGAUGCUUGUGGACGUCCAGCAGAUGCUGGCGGAUCUGGCGCCCAAUCUUGUCUUGGCAAUGAAGCAGCAAGCAGUUGGAGGCAUCCGGCAGGUGGCCUGUGCAGCCUGCGCUCCAUUGGGGCCCGAAGUGUUGAAGGGAAUUCAGUCGCUCUUCGAGCACGCGGACGUGCAGAAGCUUCAGCGAGUGAUGCAAGCACUCUGCCAACCGAAGCUUCGACGCCUUCUGCAGGAGGUGAAGCAGUCCGACAGGAAGCUGCAGCCAGUGCUUCGCUUGCUUUCGUCGUGCAGGGAAUUGCUGCUGGACCUGUCGCCGGGCCUUCUGUGCGCCGUUCAGCGCAAGGCCCUCAGACUGGCUUUGCCCCUGCUGGGCUUCAGUUCCCGCGACGUGGAGAGCUGCUUGGUGGAGGACGAGGCGGCGAUGCUCUCUCAGGUCUCCAGGCUCAUGGCGGGGACGUUGCGGCCGAAGCUGAAGAAUCUGCUGCCAGCGGGCGUUCCGUGGGAGGAGGUGAUGAAGGAGCUGGAGCCCCCAGACGUGGAGGCGCUCUUCACCGCCCUGAGGAGUCCGCGCAGCUUCAAGCAGGAGUUCCAGAAGCAGCUGGAAGACGCGCUCCGCGCAGCGCUCAUCCGAGCCUUGCGCCCGCUGGUGGAAGGAGAGCUGGCCGCGUCGAAGGAAGCGGCCUUGACCUGGGAGAUCGUGGAGUUCGUCCUGCAGCGUCUUCGCAUCGAGGAGCUUCGGGCCGCCUUCCAGGAGCCGUGCGAGUUUGUCUCCGACUUGCUUUUUGGAGCCGCCGACCACGCGAAGCUCCUGGCGCUGGCCCAGCUCGAGCCAUUGCUCGAGGACCAGCUGCCGGGGGGCAUUGCCUGGCUGGAGGUGGAGAGCUGUGUGGCCAAGAUGGAACUCCAGCACCUGGACCUGAAGCACCUCGACCCUGAGCACUUCUUGAAGGACCUGGCCAAGUCCUACGCUCCCUUGGCAAAGCGCCUGGCGCUCGCCACAUCCUGGCCGGUGCUGAAGGGUUUCCUGCCAGCUGCCGUCCAGCGUGAAGACGCCGAAGCCGCCCUGCGGCAACUCAGCCAUGCGAACCUGGAGAAGUUGGCCAAAGAUCCCAAGCGGGUCCUGCAAUCCACCUUGGAGAGCGGGCCUCUUGCGACGAAGUUCGUAGUUGCCUGGGGCAUGGCGCAGGUUCGCAGCACCCUGGAACCUUCACUGCCUCCCGGAGUUCUCUGGGCGGACAUGGAGUUUGUCUUCCAGGGCAUAAAGGGCGUGAAGUUGGCAGACAUCAAGGCCGCCGCCAGAGAUCCGGAGGGUUUUUUGGAGUCGCUGGAUGGCGAGGCAGGGCGGCGCUGGCUGCUCACGAAGCUUCGGCCCCAUCUGGAGCCGCUUCUUGUCGGGCUUGCUGGGCCGGUGCGCUGGGAAGACGUGAAGAGCACCCUCCUCUACGUCGACGCGGGCGCACUCCGAGAGGCCAUCGAGGACCCGCAGGCUUUUGUGACAGCAAUGGCGCAGAAGACAGGCCGCUCAGCCGUGGCCUGGUGCGUGGCACAGCUGAAGCCAGUCCUGGCGCCGCAUUUGCCCGAAGACGUUGCAUGGGGCGAGGUCGUGGCACACCUGAGUUCGGUGCAGCUGGAGCACCUGCGCACGGCCCUUGAAGAGCCCACUGAGCUGUUGAACCUGCUUGCCUCGCACGAAGCCUUCGCUUUCAAGUUUGCCGUGGCUGCCCUGCAGCCAAAUCUUGAACAGUGGCUUCCGGAGCAAGUGCAGUGGGAGGAUGUACGAGCGACUCUGCAGCUCUUGAGCGUUGAGGAUUUGAAGCAGCUGGCCAAAGAGCCAGAUCCACUCGAGUUCUUGCAGUCGCUCGCGAAGAGUGGCGGGCCCGUCGCUCUGAAGUGGGUCCUGGCGCAGAUUCGAAGCGACGUGGAGCCUUUACUGCCGGUCGGCGUCGCGUGGUCCGACAUGGAGGCGAUCUUUCAGGAGAUGGAGCUGGCGGACGUCGAAGCGGCCGCAAGUGACCCACAGCGUGCCGGGCUUAGCUGCCUUCGUGGCAGGUCGGACGUGUGUCCGAUUGUCCACGCUGUUGUUGGCGAGUCCACGCAAGUAGUCAGCCAGAGGGCAAUUGGAGGUUUCAGCGGUCUGCUUCCAGGCCGCUCAGCCGUGGCCUGGUGCGUGGCACAGCUGAAGCCAGUCCUGGCGCCGCAUUUGCCCGAAGACGUUGCAUGGGGCGAGGUCGUGGCACACCUGAGUUCGGUGCAGCUGGAGCACCUGCGCACGGCCCUUGAAGAGCCCACUGAGCUGUUGAACCUGCUUGCCUCGCACGAAGCCUUCGCUUUCAAGUUUGCCGUGGCUGCCCUGCAGCCAAAUCUUGAACAGUGGCUUCCGGAGCAAGUGCAGUGGGAGGAUGUACGAGCGACUCUGCAGCUCUUGAGCGUUGAGGAUUUGAAGCAGCUGGCCAAAGAGCCAGAUCCACUCGAGUUCUUGCAGUCGCUCGCGAAGAGUGGCGGGCCCGUCGCUCUGAAGUGGGUCCUGGCGCAGAUUCGAAGCGACGUGGAGCCUUUACUGCCGGUCGGCGUCGCGUGGUCCGACAUGGAGGCGAUCUUUCAGGAGAUGGAGCUGGCGGACGUCGAAGCGGCCGCAAGUGACCCACAGCGCUUCUUGUCUGAGCUCGGUGAGACGACAGGCCGCUCAGCCGUGGCCUGGUGCGUGGCACAGCUGAAGCCAGUCCUGGCGCCGCAUUUGCCCGAAGACGUUGCAUGGGGCGAGGUCGUGGCACACCUGAGUUCGGUGCAGCUGGAGCACCUGCGCACGGCCCUUGAAGAGCCCACUGAGCUGUUGAACCUGCUUGCCUCGCACGAAGCCUUCGCUUUCAAGUUUGCCGUGGCUGCCCUGCAGCCAAAUCUUGAACAGUGGCUUCCGGAGCAAGUGCAGUGGGAGGAUGUACGAGCGACUCUGCAGCUCUUGAGCGUUGAGGAUUUGAAGCAGCUGGCCAAAGAGCCAGAUCCACUCGAGUUCUUGCAGUCGCUCGCGAAGAGUGGCGGGCCCGUCGCUCUGAAGUGGGUCCUGGCGCAGAUUCGAAGCGACGUGGAGCCUUUACUGCCGGUCGGCGUCGCGUGGUCCGACAUGGAGGCGAUCUUUCAGGAGAUGGAGCUGGCGGACGUCGAAGCGGCCGCAAGUGACCCACAGCGCUUCUUGUCUGAGCUCGGUGAGACGACAGGUGGUGCUGCCACAAAGUGGUGCCUGGCGCAGCUGAAAGCAAAGCUGCGCCUGCCUGGCAGCAUCAGUUGGGAAGAUGUGGAAGAAGCCCUGCGGCAUUGUAGUGAUGCAGAGUUGAAGCGUCUGGCCGGAACACAAGAGCCCGAGCUGUGGCGUUCACUCGUGGACAAGGGCGGGCCAUUGGCCGCGAGAUUUGGAAGUUCGCAGACUUUGGGCGACGUUGCUGCAGAGGGGCACUCAACUCACUCAACUCUUGCGCGGGACGAGGCAGCAACUGGAGGCGCUGAAGACGCAGACGCUCUCCAACAGCUUCCCGCCCCCUUCGAAGCCUGGGGGGCCAAGCCCAUCCUGGCCGCAAAGGAGGCCCUGGAAGAGAGGCUACCUGAGCUGGCCCAAGUGCAAGGCCUGGAAGCUGCUCUGCAGCUCCUGACCGUCGCGGACUUGCAGGAGCUGGCCGCCCCGAGGACCGAGCCAGGGACGCUUCGGAGCCUCGGGCAGGUCCGAGGUGCCCUCGAGCCGACGCUGCCUCCGGGAGUCUGCUGGGCAGAUGUCGAGGCUGCUUUUCAACAUGCAGAAAAUGCCGACCUGCCAGGCACCAUGGGCGAGGUCCGUGUUCCGAUCCUCGACCAGGGCCCGGUGCAGCCGACCGGCCUGGGGCCAAGGGAAGCUGCUGCAUUCCACGACCCACCGUCUGCCUGGCAGAGAUGCCCAGGUGCAGUCCCCGAGCCGGAGGAGGACGGCGCCUCCAUCCUUGAAGUUCGCGUGCCGAUUUCCGCUGACCAGGACUCCCUGCACGAAGGAGACAGUGAUGUCCUGGAGGAAUGA